CCAAUACUCUUUUUUUGUCCAUCGAUGCCGCACGCCAGACUCAAUGGCCCAAUUCAAAUGCACUAUGUAUAAAUACUCCCUUCACAACACGGCCCUCUGGAAAAGAACUAACAGCUCACCAUCUUAACCGCCAUCAUGUUCUUCAAAACGCCCGCCCUCCUCGUCCUCGCAGCCCUCAUCGGCAUCGCGCAAGCUGCUCCUCAGCCAGUCCGCACCGUCUCCUUGAACGGCACAUCCCCCACCCCGAUUCCAUCUAACCAACCCAACCCGCCCACACCGGCGGCCGGCAACUCCACUGCGACCCGCAGUUUCGGGAUGCUGUUGUAUCCCGGGUUCACCGCCCUUGAUGUCUUCGGCCCCCUAGAAUGGCUCAACAUGCUCUCCACCUCCCACAACAUCACCCUCUCCCUGAUCUCCACCACCAACUCCACGAACCUCACCGGCAUCUCCUCGCUCGCCCAGGGCACCCCGAUGUCCAUGUCCCUCACAGGGGCCGUCGGCGAAACCAUCCUCCCAACCCACACGCUCCUCACCGCGCCUAAGCUAGACAUCCUGAUUGUCCCGGGUGGUCUCGGGACGCGUUCAGAAGUCAACAACACGGAUAUAUCCGCGUUUAUCAACGCUCGGUACCCCGAGUUGGAGUACCUGCUCUCGGUGUGCACAGGCGCGGCGCUGUUGGCAAAGAGCGGGGUGUUGGAUGGACGGAGGGCGACGGGGACGAAGUUCAGUUGGAAGUUCAUUACGGGGCAGAGUGAUAAGGUGGAGUGGGUGCCGAGGGCGAGGUGGGUGGAGGAUGGGAAUGUGUUGACGAGUUCGGGGGUUACGGCUGGCAUGGAUAUGAUGUACUACUUUGUUGGAAAGCUGUACGGCGAGAAGCUUGCGACCCGUCUGACGAACGUCAUUGAGUACAUCCCCAUCAAGAACUCGACAUUUGACCCUUUCGCGGACAUUUGGAACGUUACCAGUUCCACUAUGGCGUGAAAUUUUGUUUUGUAGCGUAGCACCCCGUCGUUGAUGUUAUUUAUGUAGAUGUUUGCACUUUGGCGCAAGACUAGAUGUAAGAUUCGUAUGUACACUAGAUAAGUGAAAACAAAGCAUUCUUCACCAAAAGAUGGUGUUCCUGAGAUUUGACACACCUACGCCGCCCUUUGACCAUCCUCGGUCCACCCCUCCCUACCUCCUCACGAACAUGCCAAACUCAUACUCCAACCCUCUCUCCCUCUGCACGCCCACCGGCACCAUCGGCCCCACCACCUCCCUCAACUCCUCCUCCCUUGCCUUCCUA